AUGCAGACCCAGGAGCAGGAGUGCCAGAGGGAGAUAGCCAAUCAGCUGCUGCCUCCCUCGGACCUCCAGACCACAGGUUGCCCAGGGGAGUGGGAUGGCAUUGCCUGCUGGCCGCAGGCUCAUGUUGGGGAGACGUCUUCCGUCACCUGCCCCUCACCUCUGCUGCCCCAAGGCCUCCCCAUAGUUCUGAUCUCCAGGAACUGCACCAGUUUGGGAUGGACCAAUCACAGCGUGAGCUAUGAAGCGGCCUGCUAUCUGGAGGACACUGAGGAGGAGACAGAGGCGGAGGACAGGUACUUCUCCCAGGUGAAGCUGAUGUAUACCGUGGGAUAUGGCGUAUCUCUGGGCUCCCUCUGCAUUGCCAUGUCUGUCUUCCUCAUCUUCAGGAGGCUUCUGUGCACUCGUGUCCACAUCCACCUGAACCUGUUCUCCACCUUCAUCCUGCGAGCGGUGUCCGUGUUUGUGAAGGACGCCGUUCUCUUCGAGGACCCGACGGCAGAUCACUGCACUAUGUCUACGGUCACCUGUAAGGUGGCAGUGACAUUCUUCCACUACUGCAUCUUCCUGAACUUCUUCUGGCUGCUGGUGGAGGGUCUGUAUCUCCACACACUCCUCAUCUUCUCAUUCGCCAACAACAAGAAGGUCUUCUGGUCCUACACACUCAUCGGCUGGGGAAUACCCUCCUUGACAACUGCAUUAUGGAUAGUGCUUAGAAGCCAGUUUGAUGAUGUGGGGUGCUGGGAUGAUACUGAGGGCGCCCUCUGGUGGAUGUUUGGAGGGCCCAUCCUGAUAUCUGUGUGUGUGAACUUCAUAUUGUUCAUGAACAUCCUGAGGAUCAUCGGGAUGAAGACCAGGAGCCCGGACUCCAGCGCUGGAGACAAGUCUCGCUACAGGCAGCUGACGAAGGCGACGCUGCUCCUGAUCCCCCUGUUUGGCCUGCACUACAUCAUCUUUGCAUUCUUCCCACAUCACGUCGGCAUGAGAGCGCGAUUCCUCCUCGAACUGGUUAUCGGCUCUUUUCAAGGUUUCAUUGUGGCACUGUUGUACUGCUUCCUGAAUGCUGAGGUACAAAGUGAAAUCAGAAAAGCAGUCAGCAAGUGCCAGGCCGUGAGCAAGAGCAGCAGUUUCAACAUGGUGACUCAAGACACUGUAUGACACUGCAUGUGUGUUUCACUGUGCCACUGUAC